AUUUAAUUCAAAUAUCGAAUAUUAACAUCUUUUCUUUAUAAAUAGGUUAGAACACAUUUAGCAAAUAUUUACAAUCGUAAUAUUCAAGUAUAUGGGGUAUCUCAGAAUCCUAAUACAAAUGAUUAUAUAAUAAUUCUUCAAAGUGAAUAUAGCAGGAGAUAUUGUGAAAAAUGCUUAAAAAAAUACGCAAAUAUAGCAUAUAAAUGGUGUAAGCCCUGCCAAAUAAGUUGUCUAGAAAAAAAUUUUAAAAACUGGACUAGUAGUAACAAACAAAUUGAUAAUUUUAUUCAAAAAAUGCAAUUAAAUAUUAAUAAUUGGAAUGAUACAAUAAUUGAGUGGAUACCAUACAGUAAGUUUAAUGAUGUUAAAGAAAUAAGCAAAAUUGGGCGUUCUUCAGUAUACUUAGCAACAUGGAAGGGUGGUCCAUUGUAUUAUGAUUAUAAGAAUGGUAAUGAGUGGAUAAGAAAAUCAGAUAAAAAAGUUGUUUUGAAAUACUUAAAAUCUAAAGAAUUAGAAUUUUUGAAUGUGGUUAAAGCGUAUACAACAUAUAAAAAUGGAAUUAUUCUUAAAGUGUAUGGAAUAUCUCGAAAUAAGAAAGACUAUAUUAUAGUUUUUCAGUUGAUUGAUAUUCAUGAAAGAUAUGUAUUUUAUAAUUUGCCAACCAAUGAAAAAGUCAUUGACUUUAUUCAACAAAUGCAAUUAAAAGUUAAUUAUCAUUAUGAUGUAGUAUUUGAAUGGAUACCAUAUAAUCAAUUUAAUGAUAUUGAAGAAGUAGGAGAAGGAGGAUUUUCUACAGUUUAUUCAGCAAUAUGGAAAGAUGGACCGUUAUAUUUUGAUGAUAAUAAAAUGGAAUGGAUAAGAAAAAUAAAUAAAAAAGUUGCUUUGAAAUGUUUACAUAAUUCACAAAACAUCAAUGAAAAAUUUCUAAAUGAGGCCAAAGAAUAUUCAAUUGAUAGUCUUAAUAUUCUUAGAAUACAUGGAAUAUCUCAAAAUCCAAAUACUAAAAAUUAUAUUAUGGUUCUUCAAUAUGCAGAAGGUGGUGAUUUUAAUAAAUGGAUAAAUAGAAAUUAUGAAAGUUUUGAUUGGACAAAUAAAAUAAAAGUAUUAAAUAAUAUUAUUAAUGGACUUAAAGAAAUUCAUCAGAAAAGGAAAGUUCAUCAUGAUCUUCAUACAAGAAACAUAUUAUUUCUUUUUAGAAGUACUAGCGAUAUUGUUGAAUACACGCGUAUUUCAGAUAUGGGAUUAUGUGGAGAAGUUGACAAUAUUGAUGAAGAAAAAAUAUAUGGAGUUAUGCCUUAUGUAGCUCCUGAAGUAUUAAGAGGAAAACUUUAUACUCAAGCAGCGGACAUUUAUAGUUUUGGAAUGGUUAUGUAUUUUAUAGCAACUGGAAGACAACCUUUUGCUGAUCGCGCACAUGAUGAACUUUUGGCAUUAGAUAUAUGUGAAGAAGUCAGACCCAAAUUAAAUGAAUUAGAAGCGCCAAAAUUUUAUAUUGAGUUAAUGAAAAGGUGUUGGGAUUCAAAUCCAAAUAAUAGACCAAAUGCAGCCGAAAUAAGUGAUCAAUUACGUUUUUGGAAAAAUGUUGAUUUUGAAUGUGCAGAAAAUUAUCGAAAAUCAAAUCUUUCUAAAAGAAAACCAUUAAUAAUUCAUCCGCAAGCUGUUUAUACAUCUCGUAUACUUAAUCCUUACACAAAAAUUCUUUCAAAAAAUUAUAACUCUAAUUGUUCAGACUGUGCAAUUGUUGAUUAAAAUAAGCAAUAUCCAUCUUCUCUCUUUAUUUUAAUUCUUAUAUAUAUUUUGAGUUCUAUUACCGUAAUAAAAUGUAAAAUUAUGUAGUUUUUGUUCAACACUGAUUAUGGAG